AUGGAGCGUUUCGUAGCCGAGACCGAUGCGUAUCGCACACGAAGUGUCCACGAUCUGAUCACACUGAAGGGCAAGACAGCAGUCAUCACAGGUGGUGCACGAGGUCUUGGACUGGCCAUUGCCCGAGGCUGCGCGGAGUUAGGCGCCAACAUUGCCGUGUUGGAUCUGUUAGAGCAGACUGCCGAAGUCGCCGAGCUGGAGCGAGGAACAGGAGUCAAAGUCCAAUACUACCGUGUCGAUGUGAGCGAUCCCGAGGCUUUAGACGCCACAUUCACCAAGCUGUUGAGCGAUUUCGGAAGCAUAGACUGCCUCGUGACUGCAGCCGGGGUCGGGACGGGGGGCCCAUUCCUUGAGCAUGACAAGAGGACCAUUGACAGGGUGAUCUCCAUCAAUCUCACGGGAACGAUUCUCUGCACGCAGCUGGCGGUGAAACAAAUGCUCCAACAGGGCAAUGGCGGGUCGAUUGUCACCAUCUCCUCCAUCGGUGGCCACGCCGGAAUUCCACAGCAGAAGAAUGCCGUCUACUGCGCCACCAAAGGGGCUAUCCUAGGAUUUACCAAGUCGUUGGCGGUGGAAAUGGCCGAACACGGCAUCAGGGUAAAUAGCAUCAGCCCGGGGUUUUUCCUCACCAACGUGACGCCGGGAUAUCCGCAGAAGAACGUGGCGUUGUUGGAGUCGUACGUGCAGAAGAUCCCUGUCAAGAGAUUCGCGGAUCGAUCUGAGCUCAAGAGCAUCGUGGCGUUCUUGCUGACUGAGGCAAGUUCCUACAUUACUGGGGAAGACAUUGCGGUAGAUGGCGGCGUGCUGGCUGGCUAA